AUGGAGAAACAACAAGAGCCAGCUCAAGUCGAGGUUUUGGCCGUUGAUGCUGAGCGAGGAGCUUCUCCUGGCUCUGACCCAUCGCCAGAUGCCAUAUACGUUGACCCAGAGCUAGAGCGCCGCGUCGUGCGGAAGUUGGAUACUCGGCUGCUAGGCCUAGUCAGCGUCCUUGCCGUCCUCGCCUAUCUAGAUCGAGCAAAUAUUGGAAAUGCUCGAAUCGCUGGGAUGGACGUUGACCUUCAACUGUACGGGGACCGCUUUGACUGGCUGUCAACCGUCUUCUUCAUUCCCUUUGUGAUCUUCCACUUCCAAGUGGUUAUGUGGAAACGGUUUAGGCAUGAUUACAUGCUUGUGUUUACUGUCUUUCUAUGGGGCCUGACAUCUACUCUGCAUGGAGUUGCUCGUAACUGGGAGGGCGUCAUGGCACUUCGGUUCUUCCUCGGAAUAGCAGAAGCAAUUUUCUCGACUGGAACUCUCUAUUUCUUUAGCUUCUACUACCGCCGUGAAGAGAUCGGGCUUCGCUGUGCGAUCUAUCUAUCCAGCGCACCGCUUUCAAGCUCCUUUUCUGGCGCCCUGGCAUAUGCUAUCACGUCGGGAACCUACAAAAUUGCUAGCUGGAGAGUCCUGUUCUUGGUAGAAGGCAUACCAAGUAUUCUCAUGGCUCCAUUGGCGUUAUAUCUCAUACCCCCGAGCCCGGACAAGGCAAACUUCUUUACUCCUGAAGAAAAAGAGGUUGCUGUGGCAAGACUUAAGGGGCAGGUAGGCCAUGUAGAGCGCGUAGGAAGCAUUGACUGGAAUGAACUUGGUGCUACAAUAUUGGAUAUCAAUGUGUGGUUUCCAACAGUUAUAACCUUCAGUGCAGCGUGCUGUUGGGGAUCACUUCCCAUAUUUCUCCCUACUAUAAUCAAGAGUAUGGGAUUCUCCGCAGUCACUGCCCAGGGCUUAACUGCACCACCUUAUCUAGUUGCUGCCCUCAUUACCAUUGUCUUAUCUUGGUAUUCGGACAGGUACCAGCAACGAGGCGCCGCAGUGGCUUUUGCUGCCCUUGUUGCUGCUGCAGGCUACGCCAUACUCGCUGUCUGUGAGUCAACAUGGGUUUGCUACUUGGGUGUCUUUCUGGCCGCUGCCGGUUUAUUCUCCGGCUCGGCUUGCCUGUCACCAUGGAUCAUGAACAACCAGGGGACAGAUAGUCGACGUGGCUUCACAGUAGCUAUCAUGGGGGUCAUUGGCAUGAGUGGCUCAAUACCUGGCUCUAGGCUAUAUCCCCUUACUGAUGGCCCUCGUUAUGUGAAAGGCAAUGCUGUCUGCGCUGGAGUCAUGUUUUUCCAGUUUCUUCUUGCAGUUGUAUUCCGCUGGCUGUUGGUACGACAGAACCGCAAGCUAGACAAACUAUACGGAACACUCGAAGAACAAAAGCUGCGCAGUAACCUUGGUGAAAACGAACGAGUUGUUGGUGGAGAGAACUAUAGCCCAAAUUUCAGAUACGUUCUUUAG